AUGAGAGGUGGGAUGCAAAUGGUGGUGGAUGCUGGGUUCAAGGAAGCAGUGCUGGAAACAGAUGCUAAGUCACUCAAGACUACAAUCGAGGAUGUGGGAAAGCAGGGAACUCAUGAGCUUGCUGUCAUCCUCAAGGAUAUGCAGGAGCUGCUCAACAAAGGGUGCAGGUUUGAAUUCAGCUAUGUGUCCAGAGAUGUAAACAAUGUAGCACACUACCUUGCGAAGCUAGCAAUGGACGUGGACGGGCUGAUGUUGAUUCAUGAUGAUCCUCCUAACUGUGUUAAAGAUGUGUAUGAAGCUGAUCUUAGGGGAAGCGUGGCUUAA